CAGUCUCAACAUUUUGAGCCGUGACGUAUUUACUAACGUGGACGCGUCAGUUUUCACACCGACUCUCCAUCUGCGACUAUUUGGAGCAGAUAAACUGCGCCUACUGACCGUUCUUCUUUCCGGUAUCAGCCGCACACUUGUCCACCAGCAGCGGACCUUCCUGCAGCUCAGUGCGCCUCUGUACCACCCAUAGGGAGUGAGUGUGUGUGUGACCUGCCUCACUUUGACCUGCAAGACUGUGACUGUACACAAGUCCUUGGGAAGUUUUUGGACACGUUUUUCCAACAUUUAAAAAAAAAAAAAGAGUGAUAUUUUUUAGCCAAAAGAUGCUGGAUCACUGUAACCAAGCUGUUCUGUCUUUGCUCUUUGGAUGCCUGGCUUGUCUCCUGGUGACCUCUGUGGUCAAUGCAGACGGUCGAGUGUUCGUGUUGGACCUGAGGAACUCCUCCGGCCUGCAGGGCUUCAGAGACGCCGAGCGGGCUUGUGCCUCACGACACGCCCGCUUGGCAUCAGAAGGGGAGCUCCAUCACGCUGUGGUGGAGUGCUUCUUCUCCCCGUGCACCCGUGGGUGGCUCUACGAAGGCACAGUGGGGACCACGGUGUGUAAUGUUGUGGGCAGUGCACUGAAAGCAGUGGAUGUGAGAACAGAAAACGCCACAGAGGACGCUGCACACCUGGACGCCUUCUGUUUCAAAGACAAAGGUGUGCCGUGUGGUGACCCUCCAUCCUUUCCUAACGCCCGUCUACAGGGGCACCCUGGGUACGAGAUGGGAGACGAGCUGCUCUACACAUGUGUGCCAGGUUAUGUAAUGCCCAGCGGACACAGUGCCUUCAGCCUGCUGUGCGACAGCUGUGGGGAGUGGUACGGACUAGUGGAGAUAUGUGUCAAAGAUAAGACUGAAAGUCACAUAGACUACGAGGACAAGUUCCCAGAUUCCUACGGAGAGGCAGAGCGCCACGACGAGAGACCAGAAGAGGCUCAUGGUGAGGUGUAUGAGGAGGUGCACGGAGCUGCGUACCCGCAGGGGGGAAUGAGACAGGAGCAGCAAGAGGUGAGCUUCAAUGUCGAGGUAGAGGAGGAGCAUCAGGACCAACAUGAAGUGGGAGGAGAGGUGGUCGGAGCUGUGGGAGGAGGAGAAACAGACGAGGACCGGGCCGUUGAGGACUUCAAAGGCCAUCCGAGGUUGGAGCAGGAGAGUAGGGAGGUGUCCAGGACUGAUGCAGCCACAGAAGCACCCGUCUCUCUUCUCUCACAGAAACACCUCUUCUGGUUCCCCUCUGAGGCCUUCCAGGAGGAGGGACAUCCUGUCUCCACCAAUCCAGUCACACAGACUACCCAGAGAGCGUCUGGCUCCCAAUCAGAGGAAAGCAAAGAGAACGACAGCCAAGAAACGCACCACCACCAGCGUCCAGUUGAAGUUGACGACCACGAUAACGAGCGAGACGGCUACAAUGAUCGUGACGGAUAUAAUCACAACUAUGACAGCAUCAAGUUGGACCUGGAUGAGAGCUACCCCGACGAUCAAGAUGACAGUCGCCAGAAAGGAGAUGACCGUGACGAUCAUGCGAAGCAUCACGUUCCAGCUCAGCAUGAUGAUCUGGACAGACGGGACCGCCACGAAAAUCACGACGAUCAUGACGAUCAUGAUGACCACUAUGACAUGGGUGAGCACGAAGAGGACCGUGAUCGUGUUCGCUACGGCAACCAGGAGUAUGAUGAUACUUACGGUGAACAUGAAAGCUAUGAAGACCAUGUGACCGACGAUGAUCGAGAACGUCCCGAGGGCUCCGAGGAACAUCCAGACCCUGUUGACCGCGAUGACCCUGAUGACCGUGAUGACCGCGAGGAGCUUUAUGACCCAGAGGAGGAUGAUAACGACCGUUCCACUGAUCACGAUGACCACGAACACGAUGAUCAUGACAGCUAUGAUGAUCAUGACAGCCAUGAAGAUGACGAUGACGGUCAACAGCAUGUAAUCUUUUCUAUAGCAGCGGAUGAACGUCAGAAUGUCACUCAGAAGGAAGCAGAUGGAGAGGCGACCACAGAUGACACCUGGCUAGACGGCUACCCGGUCGUUCCAGAAGAAACAGAAAAUGGUGACUCCACAACAGAAAGGGUAAGACCGGAGGAUAGAGAGAGGGGGACAGUUGUCCGGGCAACAGACAGACCCAAUGAGGUAGAAGUUCGUCGACCUGUCCCUUAUACCAGCUCACCAGAGGUGACCGAGUCUCCCACCUCGGAGCCCGCCUUGAAUCAAGACGGAGUGGAGGAGAUGAGGCCUGGAUUCAUCCCCACCGCUGCUCCCUCAGACUCCCCCUCAUACUCCGACACCCUGGACUACGACACACAACAGGCAGCUCCCACCCAAUCCUGGCAGGGCGACCUCACUGAGCACCCUUUCCUCGAUCACGGCCCGGUUCCACCGAUGCACGACGGCGACAACUCUGUGAUGGAAGAGCACACGGUACACGACCUGCCCGGCGAGACCGGCGAGAGGGGAGACAUGGAGGGCGAGAUGGGGGAGGCGACCUGCACGGGCGAGGACUGCCCUCCUCAUCCUCCGAGCUCCUCCAGCCGAGGUCCCACCGUGGCUGCCAUAAUUGUGGCGGUGUGCGCGGUCGCCACGGCGGUCAUCGUCGGGGUGUGGUGUUACCGACGGCAACAGCAGAAGAGCUCGGUGUACGAGAUGAAUGGAAAGGGCCAAAGUCAGACCAGACAGGGCCAACAGAUAGAGAUGCAACAUAAAGUGUAAGAGCGCUAACAGAGGGCAGAGACAUUUGGGAGGGACGGGAAGAUUCAGAUGAAUUUGAGAGGAGAGCACAGCCCUUCAUCUUGCUAGAAACUACUGCAUAAUUAAAGAUUUGGGAUACGUAUGAACAGAUGUGCUACAGCCUCAACCUUGUGUAAAACAGUAAAAACUGAUGAUUAACACAAUGAAACCUGAGUGAAACAACAUGGUAGAUCGAUUUUAAGUACAUCUGUGUUAUACCUAUCCGAUAUUUUCAAAGCUCUGACAUCUAGCUGGACAUGUGGAGGGGGUAUCUGGACUGGACUUAACUCCAGGAACUGAAAAAGGAGAUUAUGAGGAAAUAACCAUGUAUGAAAACCACAAGAAGGCAUGCCUGCCCGCCUGAAUAUAUGAACUUCAACCUCCAAAGCUCUUGGACAUUGAGGUAAAGAUUCACUGUGUUACCUUUUUGUUGACUUCAUUGACUGCUUGUUUUUUGUUAAUUUAGCUGCAUUGGUCUCAAUUCCUUGUCUUUUUCUGUUUGUCUCUGUGUUGAUAAAAACUGUAUUCCACUUGUUACUCCGCGGCAAGAAGUUCAGAGCACUUCAGAUCAUUGCAGCAGAUUUGGACAGGUAGUCCCAAACGAACGGCCAGGCUUCUGUCAAACCAGCAAGAACCAAAGAAAAGGAUGAUGAUGAUGGUUAGAGGGUCGAAUGAGCAGAACGGUGUGAGAAAGAAGGAUGACGGGUGAAACAUUUUAAGAUCUUCUUGCCUCUGUUGGUUUUGACGGUCGGCUGGUGAGAGAUGAAGAGCGGGUGUCCGUCCAGACUGCAGACUCAGCCCCUGUGUUCGUGUGUAUAUGUGUUUGUAUGUGUGUGUGUGUGUUUGUGUGUGUGUGUGUGUCUCAGGUCUGUGCAAUCCGCCGGUCAGCGUUUGCUGACGGCAUUCAGACCAACCAGAGAUCAAACAUUGUGGUGCUGCCAUGGCAACAGACAGAAACGAAAAUCACAACCCCCAAUAUUUUAGUUUUAACUUAAUGCGGGGGUAGGCAGUUUAUUUUUGGCGUCAUUGGGCAAAAAAUCCAUAAUAACCUUUCAGCAUAUUGUAAUUCAAGUGGUUUCAGGCAUUAACAAUCUAAUCUAA